ACAUUACAUUGAUCUUUUUUAAGUUGGCAACACUUAUUGAUUUAUCUCUUCCCAUAUUAACGUCAAUCUCUUGUUUAUAUUUUUGUGAGCGGAUUAUUCAAAACAAUAACAAAUAUUGUGAAAAUGCGUCGCAGUUUGGCUCCUAGCCAAAAUACCACAAAUAAAUUAAAGCCCAGCUUAAGUUUUACCACACCAUUUCAAAAUAAACGCAAAAGAACAUGUGUCCAGGAAAAUACUCAAAUUCAAAGGUUUCCACCAUUGACCCAAACAGCUCUGUUAAUAUCUAUGCCCCAAAGUGAUUAUGAAUUGGCUAUUACAAAAAUAUUAGCAAAACCUUUUAAAGUGCCCAUAGCCAACUACAUACCGGACUAUAAUAGUGGCAAUAGAUGUUUGGGUCUACGACGAGCCACCGUACGGAAGGCUUUACAUGAUCCCUGUGCUUGUAAUGCAUUAGUGUUGUAUACACCACCGAACUAUAGCGAACAUGAACGUUUAUCAAUGGAUCCAAAUAAAAUAUUGGUACAUGUAGUGGUCGAUCCCAUAUUAAGCAAUAUUUUACGACCCCAUCAAAGGGAAGGUGUGCGUUUUAUGUACGAAUGUGUAGAAGGCAAAAAGGGAGACUUUAAUGGCUGCAUAAUGGCGGAUGAAAUGGGUUUAGGUAAAACCCUGCAGUGUGUGACUUUAGCCUGGACUUUGCUAAGACAAGGACCUGAUUGCAAACCCACAAUUUCGAAAGUUAUUAUAGUGUGUCCCUCGUCUUUGGUGAAAAAUUGGGAGAAAGAAUUUCACAAAUGGCUGCAUGGUCGUAUGCACUGCUUGGCCAUGGAAGGUGGCUCCAAAGAAGACACUAUACGCACCUUAGAACAAUUUGCAUAUAAUACUAGUCAACGCUGUGGCACUCCCGUACUUAUCAUAUCAUAUGAAACAUUUCGCAUUUAUGCAGAGAUUUUAUGCCGCAACGAAAUCGGCAUGGUUAUUUGUGAUGAGGGACAUCGUCUUAAAAAUAGCGAUAACCUUACCUAUCAAGCUCUAAUGGGCCUAAAAACCAAACGACGUGUUUUACUGUCCGGCACACCCAUACAAAAUGAUCUAACCGAAUAUUUUAGUUUGGUGAAUUUUGUAAAUCCUGAUAUGUUGGGUUCAGCAUCUGAUUUCAAGCGCAGCUAUGAAAAUGCCAUAUUGCGGGGACAAAAUGCCGAUUCUAGUGAUAAGGAACGCCAAAGGGCUGUGGAAAAGACCCAAGAGCUAAUAGCUAUAGUAAAUCAGUGUAUUAUCAGAAGAACCAAUCAAAUUUUGACAAAAUAUUUGCCGGUCAAAUUUGAAAUGGUUAUUUGUGCCAAAAUGACGGCCAUACAGUUGAAUUUAUACAUGAAUUUCUUGAAGUCGGAUAAAGUAAGAAAGAGUUUGCAAGAUUGCAACGAAAAAUCUUCUAGCUUAACGGCAUUGGCUGAUAUAACAACAUUAAAGAAAUUAUGCAGUCAUCCUGAUUUAAUCUAUGAGAAAAUUCUGGCCCGUGAAAAUGGUUUUGAAAAUUCUCAAAAUGUAUUGCCCGCCAACUAUAAAACAAAAGAAUUCAAUCCAGAAUUUAGUGGUAAAUUUAUGUUAUUGGAUUUUAUGUUGGCUACCAUAAGAGCCAAUACAGAUGAUAAAGUGGUAUUAAUCUCGAAUUAUACACAAACUUUGGAUUUAUUUGAACAGUUGGCCAGGAAAAGAAAGUAUCCAUUUGUCCGUCUAGAUGGUUCGAUGACCAUUAAAAAGCGCAGCAAAGUGGUGGAUCAAUUUAACGAUCCCAAUGUUGAUUGUUUCCUGUUUAUGUUGAGUUCCAAAGCAGGUGGCUGUGGUUUGAAUUUGAUUGGUGCAAAUCGCUUGUUCAUGUUUGAUCCAGAUUGGAAUCCCGCCAAUGAUGAACAAGCCAUGGCUCGUAUAUGGCGUGAUGGUCAAAAGAAAGCCUGUUUUAUAUACCGUUUGGUGGCGACUGGUUCUAUUGAGGAAAAAAUUUUACAACGCCAAACCCACAAAAAAUCUUUAUCUAGUACUAUUAUUGAUAAUAAUGAAAGUGAGGAAAAACAUUUCACACGUGAUGAUUUAAAGGAUCUAUUCCGUUACGAAGCUGAUAUUUUAUCAGAUACACACAAUAAAUUAAAAUGUAAACGCUGUGUUAACAACAUACAAACUAAACCGCCGCCAGAUGACUCCGACUGCACCUCCCAUUUAUCACAAUGGUAUCAUUGUUCCAAUAACAAGGGUCUACCGGAUAGUACCUUAUCACAGGCUUGGCAAACCAGUAAAUGCAUUUCAUUUGUAUUUCAUCAUCGUUCUCAGGGUGAGAUUAAAAAUAAAAUUCCAUCUCAAGAAGUUGAAACAAAUCCGGUGGCAUCGGUAGCUAAAGUAAGUAAUAAAUUACACAAGAAUUCUAAAGAUUUGUCAUCCGAUGAAGAGGAUAUUGAUGAUAGUAAAGAUAGUGAUUUUGAAUAAAUGUACAAAUACAGUUAUUUAGCUUUAAAUUUAGAUUAAUCAGAAAAUAAAUUAUUUUGUAAUAAGAAAAAUAUAUAAA